CAUAUAAUAUAUGAUGAAAGUAUUACCUCAUGGCACAUGUUAGCUAGCUAUAGGUGGACAAACUUAAUUCCAUUCCUUUUUGCUCUUACCUCGCAGCCUUGUUGUUGAAGAUGAUGUGGUCUAUAUAUGGAACCCUUUUACUCAAAAACUUCACAACUCACAAGGCAGAAUAAAGUGGCUUGUUCUAAAGGAGUAACAACACAAUCUACAAUACAUAGAUUGCAAGUGGAAUAAUAUUAAGAGCGAGAAUGAGAGGGAUAUUUUGUUUUGGGUUUGUGAUUUUAUGCCUUUUAGCAAUUUCUGGAUCAGCUAGAGCUCAACUUCAACUAGGUUUCUACUACAAGAGCUGCCCAAAAGCUGAGAAAAUUGUACAGGACUUUGUUAAUGAACACAUCCAUAAUGCUCCAUCAUUGGCUGCAGCUCUCAUAAGAAUGCACUUCCAUGAUUGCUUUGUCAGGGGAUGUGAUGGAUCUGUGCUUCUGAACUCAACAUCUGGUGAACAACCUGAAAAAUUCGGUCCCCCAAAUCUUACACUUAGAGGUUUUGACUUCAUUGAGCGAAUAAAAAGUCUGCUUGAAGCUGAAUGCGCUGGAAUAGUUUCUUGUGCAGAUACCAUUGCUUUGGCUGCUAGAGACGCCAUUGUAGCCACUGGGGGUCCAUUCUGGAGAGUUCCAACAGGUCGUAGAGAUGGAGUGAUUUCGAGGAUAUCAGAAACCAGCGCCAUACCAGCUCCAACUUCCAAUUUUUCCACUCUCCAAACACUUUUUGCUAAUCAGGGUCUUGAUCUAAAAGACUUGGUGUUGCUCUCUGGUGCACACACAAUUGGUGUCUCCCAUUGCUCGUCAUUUUCAAACCGGCUGUACAACUUUACCGGAGUUGGUGAUCAAGACCCAUCAUUGGACAGUGAAUAUGCCGCAAAUCUCAAGGCAAAGAAAUGCAAAAGCCCAAAUGACAAUACAACAAUAGUUGAGAUGGACCCGGGAAGCCAUCGCACUUUUGACCUUAGUUACUUCACCCUUUUGCUCAAGAGAAGAGGUCUUUUCCAAUCCGAUGCUGCUUUAACCACAAACUCAUUUACACAGUCUUUUAUUGAGCAGCUGGUUCAAGGUUCAGUAGUCCCUGAUUUCUUUGUUGAGUUUGCCAAAUCCAUGGAGAAAAUGGGUCGGAUUAAUGUUAAAACUGGUUCUGAGGGUGAAAUUAGGAAGGUAUGUGCUUUGGUGAAUAGUUAGGAAUCCUAGUCACUGUCACUUUCUUAUGCGUCUGAUGUUCUGCAUUAUGUAAACCUAAAUUUAUUUGGGGAUUCUUCUUUCUUUUUUUUUUCUUUUUUUGGGUAAUAAUUUUAUUGGGAUGUCUUGUUAUUCAUAUGUCACAUGAAGAAUAACAAAUUAUAUUGAGCUGUGCUGUAAUUUGUAAUAAAAAUGUGUGAGUUUCUUAUGUGAAAAUAAUAUAUAUAUAUAUAUAUCAUAUAUAAU